AUGGGUAAUCGUAAUAAUCGUUUUAAAGGAUCGGAACUCGCUAAAUAUGGCGGGGGUUAUAAUCCUUAUUACGGUUAUGGGGAGAUGGAAAACUACAGUUCAAAUUAUCAACCAAUUGGAGGAGAGUACCUAUUUGGUAUAGGUAGUGCCUAUCAACCAUUCGCUAUGCCGUUUAAUUCUCCUCUGGGUGGUCUUGGAGCAUACGGCAAUUCCUGUGCAGUAUAUUACAAUUCGAUGAUUCAGCCGAGUUUUGGUGGAUCUAAAAUGCGCCAAAUUUUUGUCCCUAAUCAUGUACUAGACGCAUUGCAAAAUUUACUUCAACAAGGUGGUAUGGCAAGAUAUGGUGGAUCACAAAUGAUGCCUCAAAUGCCUUAUGCUCCACAACCAAUGAUGCCUCAAAUGCCUUUUGCUCAACAACCAAUGAUGCCACAAAUGUCUUUUGCGCCACCAAUGAUGCCUCAAAUGCCAAUCGCUUCACCAACAAUGAUGCCUCAAAUGCCUUUUGCUCAACAACCAAUGAUGCCACAAAUGUCUUUUGCGCCACCAAUGAUGCCCCAAAUGCCAAUUCCUUCAUCACCAAUGAUGCCUCAGAUACCUUGUGCACCACCACCGAUGAUGCCUCAGAUGUCUUAUGCACCACAGCCACCAAUGAUGUCUCAAAUGCCUUGUGCGCCACCACCAAUGAUGCCCCAAAUGCCAAUUGGUCCACCACCAAUGAUGCCUCAACUGCCAAUCGCUGCACCACCGAUGAUGCCUCAAAUGCCUUGCGCUCCACCAUCAUUAAUACCACAAAUGUCAAUACCUCAAAUGAGUUCAAACUGUUGUUCAAUGUCGAUGCAAUUACCAUCGAUAGGUUCACAAAUGCAAUCUUUCAUGCCCGGUCCUCUUCAAAUGGCCCAACCGAUGAUGCCUCAAUUGCCAAUGGCUUUAUCAUCAAUGCCAUUUUCUCCACAAAUCCCUCAAAUAGUUCCUCAACAAAUGUCAUAUCCAUCUCCAAUGGCUAUCAUGCCUCCUCAACAACCAAUAGGUCCACCUCAAAUGCCUAUUAUGCCACAACAAUCAAUUAGUCCAUCAUCUGUGAUGAGUGCCUUCGGAGGAUUGUCAUCAUAUGGAGGUUUCGGUCAAGAAUUGUCACAAUUUGCUGGAUUAAGUGGAUAUGGCGGACUAUCAAAUGCUAGUAGUAAUCCGUUCGGAACUUUUAAUGGAUUUGGUCAAUCUGGACUUGCAAAUUACGGUAACCAAGGUUUUGGAGGAUUCGGUGGCUUUCCUCAAGCUCUACCGCAACUCGGUAGUAUUUAUUCACAACAACCAUAUGGAGCUUUUUCUUCACAACAACCUUUUGGUGCUUUUUCACAACAACCCUACGGUAAUUAUCCAGGAGCUGGCUACAAUGUAGGAAGUGUCUAUCCGCAAUACAGUGGUUUUCCUCAAGCAGCUGCUUUUCCACAAGCAGGUAGCUUCCCUCAAAUGGGCAUUGGGCAAUUAGGACCAAUGCCAGGUAGCACUGGACGAAUGAGAAUCGUAUGUUGUGCUAUUCCUGAAUAA